AUGGAACGAUUUUCAACUUGGACCCCUGAACAACAAGAUUUUUGUGCUGGAAGAGGACUUUGUAACUACUCAUUUGCCAUGGAAAGAAUCAUUGAUCGUUACUCCGAGCCAAAUAAUUUAGUUGAGUUGUUUAAUAAUCUUGAAAGGUUAAGUAUCUCAGCUUGGAUAUGUGUUAAUGGAUACGAACAGAAUAAUCUUCAAAAUCGCAGUAAAAUGUUGAUAAACUUUUACUUGUGUCUAUCUUGUUACCUGAUGUCAUUGAGAUACCUGAUUCUAGCAUUUAUCACUGAUGAAACCAUAAGAAUAAUUUUAGGUGAUACGUUUAUUGGAUAUUCAGCUCAUUCCCUGCUCAAUGUUAUCUUUUUUGGUGCAACUUUCCUGUUGUCAAGCAUUAAAACUGCUUUAGCAUAUUCAGAGUUUAUUUCUCAGAUGAAAAUACUAAAAGUAUUCAGUCAAUUGAGAAAAUGCUCUUUCAAAAGAUCAAUUUAUGGACUAACCAGAAAGAAUGACCUUAAGUUUCGUAGAGUAACAUGUCUUGCUGGUCAUAGUUUGGAUGGUUUCAUUUUAAUUGCAUGCGGAUCGUGUUUGGCCUUACAAGCUUUGGCCAUUGUACUGAAUCCAAUAUUUUCCCUUAGAACUUUAAUUUUUCAAGUUCUCUGGUUACCUUUUGUUAAUGCUUGUUACUAUUUUGCUGGACUUGCCGCCUACUGGUUCUUUGUGCACACAAUAAUAUUCAUAUCGCUUUCAAUUCAAUCAACCAGUUCAGUUAUUAUAAGAGUUAAUCGUUUGAUUGAAGGGCGUUUGCCUCUUGAACGUUCAGUAAAAGAUGAAAUUUACCAUUUAAACCAAUUACAAAAUUCACAUUACAAUACAAUCGAUAUUCUUAACAUCAGUUUCGGCUUAUCAGUUUUUAUAAGUUUCUUCUUUGGUUCCUUUUUUGCCGACCUUGCUUUUUUCUGUGGCACUUACAUUGGAACAAAAAAUUUCUUUAUCGAUCUAUUGAUGUCAUUUAUUGGAUUUAUUACCUUAGGAACUAUUACUGAAUACAAUUUCUUUGCUUCCGGAUCAUUCAAACAGAUAAAAAAUUUCCGAAAAACCAUUUUUCGAAUGUGUUUUAACAUUUCACUCGAUCUUCGGACUCGAAUUAAGAUUCUGGCGACACUCGAUCGAAUGGUGGCUUAUCGAAUCGGAUUCUAUGUUGGAAACAUUUUCUGCAUGGAUGAACGUACUUGUCUUCUAUUUCUACUGGAAAACUUAAGUUUAUACCUACUAUUGAUCGCUAACAUCUCUCAAUCUUGAUAUGGAAAAUCAAUUCAUCUAUUAUUAAAUCUGAUGGUAAAAAUAAUCGUUAAUUUGGUUGAUCAAUGAAUCCAAAACCAAUUCUGUUGGAAGUUAAUUCUUCUCUAAAAUACUCUGUAUAUUUAGAAUCAGAAAGAAUAAACUUGAACCAAACUUUGUAUUAGAUGAAAAAUUCAACCACCAGAUAACAUCACCAACAUCGAAUGAAAUUCACUCCAAAUGCUGUAUAAUAAGUUCACGGUGAAAAAGAUUUACUCUUACAAGUAAAAGUAUCUACUCAAUGAAU